AUGCAGAGCACCCUUCCAGCGUCUUGGUAUCGUGAGCCAGGCUUCUAUCAACUGGAGAGACGCGCUAUCUUCAGUAAAUCAUGGAUCCUAGUCUCACAUGUCCACCAAUUCAGUGAGCCAGGCAAGUACGCUCGCUAUGAGAUGGCCGGUUAUCCCUUUUUCAUCAUUAAAGACCGUGCCGGGAAUAUCAAUGCGUUUCUCAACAUCUGCCGCCACAGAGCAUUUCCAAUUGUUCAUGAGAAUGAGGGGAAGGCGUUUGUGCUGUCUUGCAAAUAUCAUGGGUGGUCUUACAGCAUGAAUGGAAACUUGGCCAAGGCGCCUCGAUUCGACCAGGUCGAGGACUUUGACAAAAGCGAGUAUGAACUCUACAAGGUGCACAGCCAUAUCGAUAGUCUGGGGUUCUUCUGGAUCAACCUGGACGCAGCUGAAAAGCCGACGCUUAGCUGGGAGGAACAGUUUGGUGGCGUUGAUAAACAGCCCCGGCUAGAGAACUUCGACAUGAGCAACUAUGAGUACGACCACACUUGGUCAAUGGAAGGAAAAUUCAAUUGGAAAACACUGAUUGAGAAUUACAAUGAGUGUUAUCAUUGCCCGACAGCUCACCCUGGCCUCGCACCCUUCUUCAAGGGCAAUAAACAGAUGAACUAUGGUCUCAAUAAGUACUGGGUUGAACACCUCGGUGCAAAAGGAGAGCAACGUGCCAGCUCUGUCAGUCCUACAUACAUGUUUCCCAACGCUUCGGUCACUCUCACGCCUGUAUUCUUCUACAUGAUGUCAAUCGUACCCACAUCUGCCACCACGAGCUUGAUGCGGUACGAAGUCUAUCGGUCAAAAACGGCGACUCCAGAAGAGUUGAAAGAAAAGCUGGACUUCUUCAGCCAAGUUGAGUCAGAAGACAAAUGGCUAGCCAACGGAUCGCAGUCCAAUCUCAAUAGUGAUACCUACACAACUGGGCCAUUUCACCCUGAUGUGGAGGAAGCGGUUGUCUAUGUCAUUGGAAAGGUCAAGGGGCUUCUGCAUGACCAUGUGGCCGAGGAGAGAAAGCGCGGGUCGGAAUGGUGGCCGGCUCGCAGAGGCCCUGUUCAAGCGACGAGAUCAUCCGCCGAAGAGGAUGAGGCGUUCUGUCGGGGUGUUUGUUCGAGCUCUAACAUGAACGAUAAGGCUGUACCCGAGGGCUUAGCGUGGUAA